AUGGAAACUGAUUCAGUCCCUUCUACACAAACAAGAUUGGAGCAAACGAAAAAUAUGUACAGAUCCGCGAGCUGGAACCGUGUGACUGAGGAUUACUCUGUGCCUUGGUCUGCGCCAAAGGGAUUGUGGAAAGGCCUAGACGAAGACGAGCCCGCUCUAUACGAUCCUACCGGCCAGGAGGUGACAAAGAAAGAGAAGUCACGUGCCAAGUUCGCUGAAAACGCCGUUCACAUAAUCCCUUUUGUCCUUCUCGCUUGUGCUCUCGUCCUUUGGUUUUUCUCUAAUCCAGUAGUCGGAGUUGGGUUUCUCCCAAACCCAUACUAA